AUGUUAACAUUUUUAUGGAUUUUAAUUGUGCAAUUAGUAAAUGCUUAGAAUUGUGAAUGUAAUUAACAAUAUACAGAUUUGUGUUUGAUAAAUAAAAAUUGCUCAUUGGUUAUAUCUCAUUUGAAUAACACAUCAAAUUAGAUAGAUGUACUUUAAAUAGAGAAUUGCAAUGUGACGAUAUGUCUAGAAAAAUUAGUGAAUAAAGCAAUAUUGUAAUUCAAUUAAUUAACAAUUAUCAAUGCAAAUAUCAUAUAAAAUGAGACUUGUUAUUUCUUAUUAUCUCAAUAAGUAAUCUUAUAGGGAAAUUAUACAACUAUUUAAUCUUCAAAUAUUUUAUUUUAUGGAAAUGUAGAACUUUAAUUCAUUAUGACUUAUAAUAUGACUAUAAACAAUACAAACAUGUUGUCAAAUACUAUAAGUAUUUGUACAGAUUACUUAUAGAUUAAUUAUUCAACUCUUAGAGCUUCAAUGUAAAAUAGAUCAUAAUGUUCAUGCUUAAAUUAUCAAAAUUGUUCAAAUUAGGUCUAUAUAAAAAGUAUUUAUAGUUUUGUAGGUUAUAUUACUCAAAAUUAUAUUAAUUUAUCUACUACAUAUAUUGAAGAUUAAUGGUUAUAACAGUUUCAAUGUAAUUUUUUCAAUCCUUAAAAUCUCACAUAUUUUACUUUAUUAGUCUCAGUCAAAAAUCAAUUUAAUUUGUCAUAACAUUCAAAAAUGAAAGGUUUUUAUAUUGGAGUGUAUUCAUAUAGUUUAGAAAUUGAUUAAACUAGUUUAAUUUCAUCUGAUGGAAUGGGAUAUAGUACAAAUGAAGGAUUUGGUUGUGGAUACACAGAUAAAAUAAUAGGAUUAAGAUAACAAUGUGGAGGUACUGGUGGAAGUCAUGGAGGAAUGGGAGGAUUCUCAAUAAGUCCAAAGCCAAAUUAUAAUUAAUUGUGUUUACAAUUAUAGAGUAAGUAAAUUUAUGAUUAUUCUUUCAAUCCUGUAUUACCAGGUAGUGGUGGAGGUGGUGUUACAUAUGUAGAUUAAAUUUAAAGAAUUGAAAUUUAAGGGUAGGGAGGAGGAGUUAUACAUUUGGAAGUAUUAAAUUUAUAAAAUGAUGGGAUAAUAAGUUCAAAUGGAACAUCUUAUAUUGAGGAACCAUAUUUUGGGAGUGGUAGUGGAGGAUCAAUAUAGAUAAGAAUAAUUUAUUUCAGUGGAUAAGGAUUAGUAACUGCUAAUGGUGGUGGUUCUUAAUCUGUUGAUGAUUUUGAUACAUACUAAUUUGCUAGAUAAAAGUUUUAUUAGACAUAUCAAGUAUAUGGUGGUUUUGGAGGAGGUGGAAGAAUUAGAUUGUUCUUUUUCAAUAUCACAGAAAUGAUUAAUAGCACAUAUUAUUAAAUUUGUAACAAUACAAUACAAACUAAUCCUGGUGGUUUGUCAAUACAAUAAAAAAGUAUCCUUAAUAUGUCAAAUCAAAGUUUAAUUAAAUUUUAAGGAUCCAUCAUUCCUACAGGAUGUCCUUAAGGUUCAUAAGGUAACUUUUGUUAGCAAUGUGGGAAUGGUUUCUAUAAAAUGCUUUUUGGACAAGCACCUUGUUAACCAUGUUUUAAUACUAUAAAUUAAAAUACAAGUUAUUAUUCUUAAGGUGAAAAAAAUACACCUUUUUGUUAAGUUGAAUGUUAUGAUGGUAAAUAACCAAAAGAUUAUUAAUGUUUAAUUGGAUUGGCAGAGUUCUCAUAAACAUUAGGUGGAUAGAAUGUUAUUUUUGCUCUAUUUAUUAUUAUCAUGUUAUUAUUGAUUAAUAUUGGUAUUGUUUGGGUGAGUAGAGAUAAGAAUAAGAAGAAAUCAAGAUAAUUUUAUGGUUCUUAUGAUGAUUCAAGUCUUUAGUAAAUGUCUAAUUCUUUAUCUGAAUUAAAUAACAAAACAUAUUUAAUUAGUCAGGAUCUUCAUUUUCAUGUAAGAAGAAUAUAUCUUGCUGGAUGUAAUACUUAUUAAAAUCCAUGGUAGAUUUAUUAAGAAACUUUAGUAGAUGGUGAUCUUAAUCAAGGAGACAAUAAGAGAUUAUAAAUAUUAUUUGAAACAUUCAAUUAAAAAGCAUUAUUUACUAUAUUUGAGAAAUAUAUAUUGAAAUUUUUCAAAUUUUAUUAUUAUCCUCUUUAUGUUUGGAUUCUUUAAUUGAUUUAAGCAAAUAAAUUUAAUAAUCUAUCAAAAUUAUUUGUUUAAUAGGAAUAUCUUUAUAAUGAAUUAGAUCCUGAUAGAGAUAAAAUAAAACUUAAAUUUUCAUGUUCUAAAGAUAAAACUUUAGCAUUUAUUGAUAGACUUAAUUUAGCUUUGAAAAUAGUUGAAUAGAGUAAUACUUUAGAAUUACCAAUCUAUUUAGUUUUAAGUGGUUAUGGCACUUUCUCUUAUCCAUAUUAAAUCAAUAUUCAUGAUGCUCUCAUCAAAAGAUUAUGGUAGUAAUUUAGUUUUAAUACUAAUGAAGAAAGUGUCAAUCUCUUUGAAAAAUUUGUUACUGAAUUUAACUAUUAUGCAGUAAAGAUAGAUUUUAGAUAAUCUUAAUCUUCAUUUACUAAAAGAUUUCUUGAUCUAUUAAAUUACACAAAUUAAUAUAAUUAUGAAAUCUUUCGAUUGCAUCAUGCUAUAUAAGCUGAUAUUUGUAUUCAUAUAAUAGCAAUUUAGCCAUCUGCAUAAAGUUAAGUAUAUUAACUUGGAAAUGCAAAUUAAAGAGAAUUAGAAUUUCUUUCAAAAUAAAUACAUAUUAUGAAGAAUUUACCAGAAGAAUUCACUAUAAAAUUAUCUAUAAUAUUCAAUAAUUAUAAUAAAGACAGAAUUGUUAAUUUAGAGUCAUUUAAUAAUUUAGCCUAUAAUAUUAAUGAAUAAUUAUAAAUAAUUAUUAAUAAGGAUAAAGAUGACUUAAGAAAUUAAAUUUAAUUGGAAAAGAAAAAGAUGCAAUCAAAAAUAAAUUGUUUUAAAAUAGAUGGAAUGAAAUAAUAUAAACUUAAAGGAAUAUAAGUAAUUAAACGAUUCUUUACAUGGCUAUUUAGUUAAAUAACUCGAUAUCGAGAUAGUAGAGUUAAUUAAUAAUUCCUUAUUGCUGGAAUAUGUAUAGUACUUGCAAUAUAAUGGGUAUUAUAUUUUAUUUUAUUAGAAAGUGUUUUGUAAUUGCCUAUCCUGUUUUAUUAUUUAUACUAUUAGAUAUAGAUAAGGAUUAAAUAUUUUUAGCUGAAUUAAUUACUUAAAUUUUAAUAUUUCCUUUAGCAUAAAUGAUAAGUUUAGUUAUUCUAUCUGCUUGGGUAUUAUUAUAUAAAUAUAUUAGCUUUUAAAAUCAAGAAGAAAUUAUGGUAAAAUGUAUCUUUUAUUUAAUUUAUGUGGUUUGGCUAGUUCAUUGAUUGAAUUUAUUUUUGGAUGUUAUGAUCUAUUCAAUUUCAAAUCUAGUGCUGAAUUUAAUUUAUUUAAAUUAUUUCCUAUCUUUUUCAUUAUGCUUUCAUCACAUUUAGUUUGUUUAUAGAUGAACUUUAAUGAACUCAACAAAACUAAAUAUUUUGAAAUUUGA